GGGAGUUUCACCAAAGCAAUCAAGAAUGGAAGCUGAGAAGAAGAGAAGAAGAGAAGAAGGGAUGAGAGGGAGCAAUGUGAGCAAGGUCUUCUACUCCCGAUCCUACCACCCAAUCCAGGCCGGAAGCAUCGACGGCACCGACAUCCUCCCCCACGACCGCGCCAUCUACCGCGCCCACCUCUGCUCCUCCGCCGGCCUCUAUGAUCCGCAUGGUGAUCGGAAAGCUGUUGGUGACCCUUACUGCACGCUCUUCGUCGGACGCCUCUCGCCCUCCACCGAUGAGGAGAGCCUUCGAAAGGCCAUGAGUGAGUAUGGACGGGUGAAGAACAUGCGUUUGGUUCGGCAUAUCGUAACUGGUGCCUCAUGUGGUUAUGCUUUUGUCGAGUAUGAAACUGAAAGAGAGAUGCGACGUGCAUAUGAGUAUGCCCACCAUAAGAUCAUUGAUGACAGAAAAAUAAUCGUUGAUUAUAACAGACAACAGUUGAUGCCUGGUUGGAUACCAAGAAGGUUAGGUGGUGGCCUCGGAGGUGUGAAGGAAUCCGGUCAACUUCGAUUUGGCGGGCGUGAUAGACCAUUCCAAGCUCCAUUAUCUGAAAUUCCAUAUGAAGAUCUUAAAAAGCUGGGUAUUCCACCGCCACCCGAAGGGCACUAUAUGACACGGUACCAGGUUCCAUCACCGCCUAGACGGAGCAGUCACAAUAGCAGGGAGGAUUCACCGCAUGUGCAUGGAAGGCCCGACGAUAGAGAGGAACUUAACUCGAGGAGAAAACGAAGGAGAAGUUCAUUUGAUAGAGAUGAUUCUACUCCCAGAGACUAUAAGAAUAGGGAAGAUACACCACACAGGCACCGAAGAACACCCGAUGGAGAUGUUUCUACUCACAAGGGCUAUAAAAAUACGGAAGAUUCACUGCCGAGGAGACGGACUAGAGACAGAGAGGAUCGGCAUUUAAGGCGGAAAAGAUCAGAUGAUAGAGAUGAUUCAAGUCAUAGAGACCAUCGUUCUCACACUGAAUAUGCUCACCAACACAAAAAGCAAUCAGCUAGUAGAGAUUAUAUUUCCUAGAUCACACAAAAAUUUAAGGAAAAUGAAAACAUGUGUUUUUUCAGUAGUUCUCAUGGCUAAUACUCAAAAAUUGUAACAUGGAUUGGAUGUUGUUUCUUCAAAUGAUGAAAUUUUGCAGGCUCGCUCAAGCUUGGUAUA